AAGCACCGCCUGCGAUCGGAGUGACGUGCCGCUCAGCCAAUGGGGCCUCGACGGCGAGCGGCGGGUGUGCGUCCCUCAGCACGGCUCCCUGGGCCCGGCCCGGUCCGGUCCCGUCCCCGCUCCCGGGUCCCAGCCUGCCCUCGUCCCGUCUCCGGGCUCUCGUCCCGAUCCCGUAGCCGCCCGCCUGCCCCCGGGUCCUUCCCUGGCCCUGCCGGGUUCUCCCCGGGGUCUGUGCCCUGCCUGCGGCCUGCUAGGCCCCGGCCCUCCCCCGGGAGGAUCCUCUGGGCCUCACCGAGGGGCCUGUGGCGUCCGCGGCGGCUUCGGUAUCCCCGGCCUGCCCCAUGGUUCUCCGCAGGACCCCAGCCUGCCCGCUCCCCUGCUCCUCAUCCUGCUGGGGCUCCAGCCGCCCCCUUCUCCCCUCAGCAGCUGUCCCGUCAAUGCCUGGCAAGCAUCCCCUCACACCCGACUCCCCCUUCUCUCCCAGCAGCAUCCAGGGUAAGGCUACCCUCCGUCAGGUUCACCCUCUCCUCUCCUUCCCUUCAGCUCAGCCCCCUCCAUCAAGCUGCUGCCGCCAACCCCUGCCCGCACUCCUGGGGUACGGUGUUCCCCGGUGCCCACCCGUGGGCUGUGUCUGUGUGGCUGGGAAGGGCUGCAGCUCCGCGGAGCUGGGUGGCCACGCGCAUGAGGGUGUGCAGUAGCUGGCAGAGCCGUCCCUGCUCCGGCGCUUCCUGGGAGCCUGGUGUUGCGGGGACCCCUGCCCCGUUGCCUGUGGGCCUUUGCCUCCCGGGCAGUGGCUGAGGGCACACGGGGGAGCGGGGAUGCUGUAGGCGGGUUGGCAGCGGUUAACAGUCUUUCCAUCCUGCUGCAGAGGAAGCAGGAAGCUCGUACCUGGAAGGCCGGCACCAUGUCUAAGGUGGGUGAGGGUAUGAAAGCAAUAAAGAGGGUAAGGGGUCCCGCCGGGGAGGCUGGGCGAGGGGGGAGCUCAGCAAAUCGCUUUCCUCAUGCAGGCAGCCAGCCCAGAGCGACUGGCUCUCAGGUUGGGGCCUCGAGGGAGGCCGGGGGAUCUGGCUGCGAGGAACUUGACUCGCGCUCGCAGCAGGGUCCUUCAGCCGGCUCCUGCCCGCGGCAGGAUCAGCGGCUGCCCAAGUCCCUCCUCCUGGGCUCGGUGGCCGCGGAGCCCGAGCCGAGGGGCCCCAGUAUGCAGCCUGUGGAGCGCGGCUGGCACCUGAAGGGGGAGGGGGGCGCAGAGCCCCUCUCCCACGGCUGCCGUCUUCCAGCACGUGGCCACGGCCUCUCCUCCUCCUCCUCUUUUCCGUCUCAGGUGUGCCGCAGGCGCUCAGCGCCUCUCCGAAUGCCACGCAUCCGGGAUUUCAGACCCGACGUCUCUCGGCAGUGCAUCUCCUCCAGGGAUCCAGGGCUCUGGUGCAGCCCCGGGAUGUCACGGACGGCGCUGGAUGCAGAGCUGGGGACCGCGGAGGGGCCAGGUGUUGGCCCAGCGAGAACCGUGCAGCCGCCGAGCUGGAAAAACUCACCAGGAACGACCUCGGCGCUGCCUUUUGGAGAGGGGACAGGGCAGUGACGGGCAGCCCUGCUGCUGCUUCGGCACGCAGGACUUGAAGGCCCCCCCCCCUCCCCAACCCUUGCCCCCCCCUGGGGCUGGCAGCCGCUGCCGGGGCUGCACUGCAGCAGCCCCCCCAGGGAUGUGAAGGCGGCUUUUUUUUCCCCUCAACUGCUCCACGCUGCUGGCGCUGGCGGGGGCUGUUUGCUGGGGGUGGGAAACCAGAUAUCCUGCACCGCGGCUGGGGGAGCGGUGAGGCUGGCCCCACGCCGUGCGGGCAGGGGUGGAGGUGGGGAACCCCCUCCGGCACACUGCCGGGGGAGCCGGGCCGAGGCACCUUCCUUUGGCAGAGCCGCUCUCGCUGGCUUUCCCGGCGUGAGAGCUUGAGCACCUCUAUCCCGGCGUGGGGGCUGUCCCACUAACACCUCCACAGCCCCCACCCUCACCCUGGGGGUUGCAGUACCCCCCCCCCGAGCGAGUGUCAGGAGCCUUAUCGUCUCGGUGGCUCGCUGCCGGUCCGCAGGGCUCACCGCGUCUCCUUCCCCGCAGCAAGCGAGCGGCGGCAUCGCCCAGACCGGAGCAGUGUGCGGAGAAUCCCCCAUCUUAACCGGGGGCGGGGCGGGGGGGGAUCCAGAGCUGCUGCCCCAGACCGUGUCUGUUGGGUGCUUCCUCACCGAUUCAACACCAAAUCUGCGGCUCCCAACCAAUAAAUCGCCGCGGCACCGCCGCAGUGCGUGUCA